AUGACGUGUAAAAACUGGAUAUUAAUUUCCACUACUGCCCCCACAAGUAUGGAGGAUGAAAUUGUGGGAAGACUACUCAAAAUUUUGUUUGUUAUCUUUGUUGAUUUAAUGACUAUUAUGUAUGUUGUUAUAACUUCGUAG